GGUUUUGUUUGAGGACACGCCGAGCUGAAAGCAGGGGCCGGCCUUGACGGAGGAGAGGAGGGCCAUCAUGCCGAUUUCCACGGUGUCUUUGUACGCUGACAGAGUAGAGAUACGAGAAAGCACGCUGCUCUGAGUCACUCCAAAAUACACACACGCACACCGCGGACUCCUCGUGGCUGAGCCCGGCCGGCAUCACACCGCACACCGGACCGACAGGACGAAGACACCGGCGACAGAGAGCGGGAAGCUUUGAGAGGGGAAGAAGAAAGAGGAAACUCAGUAUGUCAGGGUUAAAAAAGAGAAACUCAAACUCGUCGGCGGACAGGGAGGAGGACAAGCAGGUCACGGAGAGGAUGCUGUCCCCGGGCGGCGGCGGGGAUAAGGGGGACUUCAACCAGACACCGGGGAGCGACCCCGGCGGCCGUGCCGUCGGAGGAGAGGCAGCGGGGGAGGGGGUCGUCCUGAAAAGGACCAUCACCCUGCUCAACGGCGUGGCCAUCAUCGUGGGCACCAUCAUCGGCUCCGGCAUCUUCGUCACCCCGACCGGCGUGGUGAAGGAGGCCGGCUCGGUGGGUCUGUCCCUGGUGGUGUGGGCGGUCUGCGGGGUGUUCUCCACGGUGGGAGCGCUGUGCUACGCGGAGCUGGGGACCACCAUCACCAAGUCCGGUGGGGACUACGCCUACAUCCUGGAGGUGUACGGCUCCCUGCCGGCUUUCCUCAAACUCUGGAUCGAGCUGCUCAUCAUCCGGCCGUCCUCGCAGUACAUCGUCGCCUACGUGUUCGCCACCUACCUCCUGAAGCCCAUUUUCCCCGUGUGCCCGGUGCCCGAGACCGGGGCCAAGCUCGUGGCCUGCCUCUGCAUCCGUGAGUACCCGAAUCGAGCCGAGCUGCACGGGGAUGAUGCAAUUUU